AUGUUGCGAUUUCUCAGUCAGCCGACCGCGAUAGACCUUUCGCCUCAAAUCCGAGCCUUAAACGAACCUGUUGGCUCGGGUGAAUUUUGGGCAUUGGAGAUUGAUAAGUUCUAUGGCCAGAAUGCAUUUGCGUAUGCCAUCCGCUAUGAUCCCGCUGUGCGCAGUCACGUCGGAGGAAAGGUCGAGAUCAAUCGGGGACUGCUGAAGCCUCAGCAAUUUCAUGAUGCUACGUUCGAAGAGUCAACAUUGAAGUUUCAAAGUAUCAAGCACAGGAACGAGUUCCUCAAGCAAUUCGAAACAGUCGACCCGAACAAUAAUGCUAGAAACUUGGAAUUUCUGGAAAAUUUUUUGACCAAGAUGACGACACAAUUCGAAGGAAACCCGCCGGUGCUUGCGACUAUUCCCCUUAGGUUGACAGAGCUGAUCACGGAGAUGAAGCGGUGGGAACAACAUGCGGAUGGUGUGGUAAAGACGUCGAAGGGCUGGGAGACGGUUACAAAAGUCGACGCUCUAUUUGCGAAGUAUGACCAAGAACAUCGCUAA